AUCACUAGAGAAUACAUUCUUCUUGGAGACUCAGCGAGCGUCGAUCGAUCUAACCUAGUAAUCAAAGCCAGGGGAAAAAAAAGGAAACGCCGCAAAAAUGUUUCUCCGGCGGAUAGCCCGGCCGCUGAUGAUGAUGGCGAAAGUGAAGGAGACGACAGGGAUAGUCGGCCUCGACGUCGUCCCGAACGCGCGUGAGGUGCUGAUCGGGCUCUACUCCAAAACCCUAGAGGAGAUCAAGGCGGUGCCGGAAGAUGAGGCGUACCGCAAGGCCGUCGAGACCUUCACGCGCCACCGGCUCAAGGUGUGUCAGGAGGAGGAGGAUUGGGAAACCAUCGAGAACAAGCUCGGCUGUGGGCAGGUGGAGGAGCUGAUUGAAGAAGCUCAAGACGAGCUCACGCUCAUUGGUCGCAUGAUUGAGUGGAACCCAUGGGAUGUACCUGAAGAUUAUGAAUGUGAAGUCAUAGAGAAUGAUGCUCCAGUUCCGAAGCAUGUCCCCUUGCAUCGACCUGGCCCUCUUCCCGAGGAGUUUUACAAGACGCUGGCAGCUAUUGACACUGGAUCUUUGAAGGAUGUUCUUCCAAGCUCUAAAGAGGAAACCCCAGCAGUUUCAUCGGGUGAAACACCAGCAAAGUAGUUUGAUUUGGUGCUUGAUUGGUUAUUUGUCAAGCACCUUCAACUGCUAGAGUUUGAUCUGGUUUGCUCUCACUGCUCUUGUUUAAGCUCUCUCAUGACAUUUCGUUUUCCAUCUUGAUAUUGUUGUGAUCGUCUUGACGAAAGCUCCAUUUUAUUUAGUUAAUAAACUAGAUGGACUUCCCCAUCAAACUCAUUUGUCAUGUCUCUCUUAUAACAUCCUGGUACAUAUAAGCAACUGAUACAGGAUCCUUGUAUUUUGUCAAGAUGCACUGAUUUUAAGUAAAAAUUAGAUGAUGGUAGACUAGAACUGGUCUGCUUACUUUCUUUGGUUUGUUAA